AUGAGAGGAGGAGUGUUGACGAUAAUAUUGAUUAUCGUCACUUUGCUGAUGAUGUCAUUGGUUUCAGCUGAUGACGGUAGUGGUAGUAAUAGCAACAACAACAACAACAAUAAUAGUAAUAGUGAGAGUAGUGGUAGUAGUAGUGGUGGAAGCGAGAGUAGUAGUAGUAGUGGGGAGAAUCCACAAGCUCCCUACUUGAAUAUUUAUAUUUCAAAGUAUAGUCAAAGUAAUGAAUCUAUUGAUGGUGUUGCUUGUGGAUCUAGUUUAGUUCAAGCUUGCACUAGUAUGCAAGAUGCAUUGGUUUCAUACUAUACAACACUUGCCAAUCGAUCAGAGACCACCGAGACAUUGUAUUGCAAGUUUGUAAUGGACCCAAGCUUUCCAUACUUGUCAUCCAACACCAAAAAUUCCCUCAAUAUCAUUGCAAACCAGUCCCUCACACUAUUGCUUACCGUCAAUCGUGACACUGAUAGUACCAAUCGUCAAGUAACCAUCAACCUACAAUCUUCUUCACAAUUCAUCACUAUCCAAGAUGAUAACAAUAAUAAUAAUGACAACAACUAUAUAAUUAAUAUUAAAUUGGAAUCGAUUACAUUUAUAAAUGGAAAUAAUAGUAAUAGUAAUGGAGUUGUUAAUAUGUACACUAACUCCUCCUCCUCCUCGACUAGUGGUAGUAGUAUGAGCUUGUCAAUGGUAUCAUGUCAAUUUUUAAACAAUGCUAAUAGUGCAUUGGUCAAUAUUAGCGGACCGUCAACUGGACUGGAGAUGUCUAAUUGUCUGUUUGUAAAUAACACCAAUGUUGACGGUGUAUCGCUCAUAUCAUUUAGUGGAGGAGAGAUUAAUAUGCAAGAUUGUUACCUUCACGAGAAUGCAGUUUCGAUGGUAACCAACACCACGUCGGUCAUUAGUGUGACGGGAAACACAAUGUUGGAUAUAAACUCGUGCAACUUUUUUGGGAAUAGUGCGGGGAUGGCCAUUGUGUCGGUCAGCGGACAGCCGGCUGGCGGCUAUGUCAAUAUCGUCGAUACCGACUUUUCAGACAACCAAGUAACGUCGAGUGGCGCAACUGUCUUUGUCGCCAACACCAACAGUCCCAUCACAGUACUGGGCAGCACAUUUACAAACGGUGUCGGAGGAUCAGCUGUCCGCGUAGAAGUGUCCAAUGCAACGAUCGACUUGACAUCCAACACAUUCCAAUCGCAGAAAGGUGCCGACUUUGGUGGCGGCGUUCAUCUGUACGAGUGUGGACAACACGUCCAUAUAGCAGAAUCAACCUUUACCAACAACCAAGCCAUGUUUGGUGGUGCCAUCUCAUUUUACCAAGUUUACAACUCGAGUAUUAUCAAUGUUACAAUGACCAAUAAUACUGCUGUUUCUGGUGGUGCCAUCUUUGCAGAUAAUGAUAAUGAAAUGGAUGACAACAAUGAUAAUCUAUCUCUAUCACCAUCCACUCUUGGUUUGGUUGCCGCUUCUAAUAGUAGUGGUAAUCAUUCUAAAAACUAUGAUAGAGAGUAUUUUAUAUUGAUGAUUACAGUUGUGUUUGACGAGAACCAAGCAUCAAAGACUGGUGCGUGCAUAUACUGCGAAAGUGGUACAACCAUUGAUAUAUUCAACUUUACAAGUACAAACAAUACCGUUGACAACAAGGAUUCUCAAAUAUUGGUGUUUUGUGAAACCGAGAGUGAAAGAGAUUCAAAGUUUGGUCCAUCCACUCGAAUCAUUUCACCUGGCAGUCACAGUCAUAGUGAUAGUGGUAGUGACAGUGACAAUGAAGACGACGACAAUGGAUGUGUCGUCUACUUGGAUGUCAAUGUCAACAUGUUGACCACUUUUAUCCCACAAUGUGCCAACCCAGAGAUGCCAGAGCUCAAAGACAGCAAAUGGACACUAUCUAAAAUAGUCGGACUCUUGUUUGGAGUCGGUCUAGGUGUCUUGCUCAUUGGUUCAAUCAUUUUAAUCAUUUACAAGAGACAACCAAUCAUUGAAAGAAGAGCUCAAUAUACCAAGUUAUAG